AUGGGAUAUUCAUCAAUGCUACUUAAUGGUGUCCCUGGUAAACAAUUUCUCUGCAAGAAAGGGGUUAUACAGGGGGAUCCAUUAUCACCACUUGUUUUUGGGAAUGCUACUGAUGUUCUUCAAUCCAUGCUUAAUGAGGCACUGCACAACUCCAAUGCAAGGCAACUUCAGCACAUCAAAAACCUCCUGCUCCACUAUGCUGCUUACACUGGUCUCAAGUUCAAUUUCGUGGGGUUCUACAACGGCUGGAACAAGUUUCUGAAGGAGGACACAACGCAGGCGUUCGUUUUCACGGACCGGGCCAAGGAUGCGAGCGUGGUUGUGGUGGCGUUCCGUGGCACGGAGCCAUUCAACAUGCAGGACUGGUCGACGGACGUGAACCUGUCGUGGCUGGGCAUGGGCGCCAUGGGCCACGUCCACGCCGGCUUCCUCAAGGCGCUGGGCCUCCAGGAGGAGGACGGCAAGGACGCCAACCGCGCCUUCCCCAAGGACGCCCCCAACGGCGCCGCCCCAGUCGGCAAGGCCAUCGCCUACUACAAGCUCCGCGAGGUGAUCCGCGACCAGCUCAACGCGCACCCGCAGGCGCGGCUCGUGAUCACCGGCCACAGCCUCGGCGGCGCGCUCGCCGCCGUCUUCCCGGCGCUUCUGGCGCUGCACGGGGAGUCCGAGAUCCUGGGCAGGCUCGGCACCGUGCAGACCUACGGGCAGCCGCGCGUGGGCGACGCCACCUUCGUCAGCUUCUUCCGCGCCGAGGUGGAGAAGGCGACGGCCUUCUACCGCGUGGUGUACCGGUACGACGUGGUGCCGCGGGUGCCGUUCGACGCGCCGCUCGUCGCGGAGUUCGCCCACGGCGGCUCCUGCGUCUACUACGACGGGUGGUACGACGGGAAGGUGCUCCCCGGCGACGUGCCCAACCCCAACUACUUCGACCCGCGCUACCUGCUCUCCAUGUACGGCAACGCGCUCGGGGACCUGGUGAAGGGGGCCUUCCUCUGGACCAAGGCCGGCAAGGACUACCGUGAGGGCCCCGUCUCCCUGCUCUACCGCGCCUCCGGCCUGCUCGUCCCCGGCCUCGCCUCCCACAGCCCGCGCGACUACGUCAACGCCGUCCGCCUCGGCCGCAUCGCACCCAAGUCACUCCUCUAACAGCAACUCCAACCAGGCGACCCAAACAUACGCACACGUUUUAUCUUUGAGUCGACCCUCCGUGCUCGGGUGGCUGGGCGCUGUGUACGAGAGAGAGAAUUGGUGAGUGAGAUGAGAUCGAUCUCUGCCUUGCCUCUGGAGAGAGACGAUGAAUAAGUUGUUGUUUCCUGUGUGUGCUAUAUUAAGCAUAGUACAGUACUACUUACGUGUUCAUGUGUGGGCUGCGUGGAUGGACGGAGAGACCGGGAGAUGCUUUAUGAAUAAUGCAAUUAAAGGAGCUGCUAGU